ACGCCAAUGUCACAACAAUGAUACGAGGAAAGAUGACAUAUACAACCCAUGACGCCCCUUAACCGCUUUCUAUAUAUCACACCAUUUUAACGAACAUUCAUUCAAAUGCAGCUAUGAACAUAUAAAUCCAAUGGUUUAAUGACAAAAGGAUACGUAUAAGUUUUAAGUAACGAAGAAAAGACAAAAAUGUCGUGCUUCAUCACAUCUCAAGACUGCGCCAAGGUUAUCCUGGCUAACUUUUUAAUGCCUCCAAGUUUACCAUGCAAAACUUACUUCAAUUAGUUUGAAUCAAUCCUAUGUUCAUCUUUUACACAAUAACACUCAGAUACUUAAUUGACAUUCGCCAACAUUCCACUUCGAACCACAAUGAACUUCUCGAGCUUUCCGGAGAAGCAGAUUCAUCAAGAAGAAAAUUCAAGCCAAUAUGUUCGCCAAGCACACCAACCAAAGACUACCAAUAGUUACGACGUUCUUCCGGAUAACUUUCACCCAUGCUUUAAAUACAAUGCAAUAGCAAAACUUUUGUUUUUUUUGUUCCUCACAUAAAGUCAUAGCAUGUGGUCAAAAGGAAAUCAAUAUCAGGCUACAGUCAAAGAAGAACAAUCAAAAAAAUAUAGCUGCCUACAGCUAAAGGUAUACUGUGAAGGGUACAAGAAUAAGGGUAUAAGGCUAAGCAUAUAGGAAUAAGGGUAUUUCGUUAAGGAAAAAGUAUUAAGGGUAUAGAAAUAAGGAUAUGGGCAUAACGGUAUAAGGUUAAGGAUCUACGAACAAUGGUAUAGGGUUAAGGGUAUAAGAAUAAGGAUAUAGCAUUAAGGAUAUAGGCAUGAGGGUAUAAGGUUCAGGAUAUAGUAUUAAGGGUAUAGGAGUAAGGAUAUAGGCAUAAUGGUAUAUGGUUAAGGAUAUAGGGGUAAGGGUAUAGUAAUAAAGGUAUAGUAUUAAGGAUAUAGUCAUAACGUUAUAGAAAUAAGGAUAUAGGCAUAAGGGUAUAGGGUUAAGGAUAUAGGGGUAAGGGUAUAGUAAUAAAGGUAUAGUAUUAAGGAUAUAGUCAUAACGUUAUAGAAAUAAGGAUAUAGGCAUAAGGGUAUAGGGGUAAGGUUAUAGUAUUAAGGAUAUAGGCAUAAGGGUAAAGGGUUAAGGAAAUAGAGUUAAGGGUGUGAAGGUGAGCGUAAAGGGAUAAGAGUAUAAAUUAUGGCGUUCUCAAUCCAUUAAAAUGCAUUUUUAACAAUAAUGUAUGCAAUUACAUUAUAAUGCAACCUAAAUAAUGUAUUAUAAUAUAUUAAAACCUCAAUGCAUUGCAAUGCAUUACAAAAUCAAUGAAUUAUAAUGCAUUAUAUAGGUUGCAUUAUAAUGCCAUUGCAUUCAUUGACUUUCUAUGGCAAAAUAAUGCAUUAUAAUGUACAUUAUUUGUAAAAAUUGGCUACAUGGGUAGAGGUCCUUGAAGUCUGUAACCACAAGUCGGAAAAGGAAUGAUGUUAAUCAAAAAAAAUUUAACAAUUAUAAAUAUAGGAGGACUACGUUUCACUGAUUGUAUUCAUCUGACCAACUAGAUACAAUGAGCAAACAAAAGCCAAUAACAACUGUUAUCAGUGGUGCAGCAGCGAUGCCUAGCACCACCACUAUUACCAACGCGAACAAUCGUGCUGCUGUUGUGAGGUCUCGACCUAUGCGUCGGGUUCUUCAAAAUUUCCGGCUUCUAUGGCUUGAUGCCAAUUUAGAUGAAUCCAAGGACGAUUUCAAGAAAUCGUUUCGACGUCUGCGACGUGUUGUAGCAAGCAUCGAAACAUUUAAAGAUGCUCAAGAAUGCAUUGAUUUUCUCCGUGCCAUUACAAAUCAAAAGGUAUUCAUGAUCGUAUCUGGUUCACUGGGACGACAAAUAAUAGCAGAUAUUGAAGGAUGGCCACAAUUGGAGUCAGUUUAUGUAUUCUGUCGCAACCAAGUGGUACACGAACAAUGGGCCAACAAAAUAUACAAGGUUAAGGGCGUGUAUACCAAAAUCAAACCUAUUUGUAAGGCCUUGCAACUUGAUCGUGAAAAUUGUGAUCGAGCUAUGAUCUCAGUCACUUUUAAUGGUCUCGAUCCUCUAUUUAUGUAUACACAACUGUUAAAAGAAGCACUCUUGGAGAUCGAAGAUGAUGAUAAAAAUUCCAUCAAAGAUUUGGCCGAUUAUUGUUGUGAACAAGACGAUAUUCCUGAAGACCAAAUCAAACAAGUUGAACGUGAAUAUCGUAAUCAUACACCCAUAUGGUGGUAUACAGCCGAAACAUUUAUGUAUCCAAUGCUCAAUCGUGGACUUCGACAAAUGGAUGUCGACAUUAUUCUCAAAAUGGGAUUUUUCAUACGGCAUCUGCACAACCAUAUUACGCAAUUACAUCAGGAACAACAAGGCAGCAUGCCGACAAAAUUUCAAGUCUUUCGUGGACAAGGUUUGUCCAUGGAAGACUUUGACAAAAUGAAAAAAACCAAAGGAGGACUUAUGUCCUUUAAUAAUUUUCUCUCGACAAGUCGCAAUCGUGAUAUAUCUUUCAAACACUUUGCACUACCAGCUACAAACAAUCCCAGUUCAGUUGGUAUUCUCUUUGUUAUGAGCAUUGACACGGCGAUUUGCAUGAAAUCAUCAACACCAUUUGCUGAAGUAAGCAAAGUUGGUUACUACGAAGGUCAAGAAGAAGAAAUACUCUUUUCAACACAUACAAUCUUUCGCAUCGACCGGAUCGAACGAAUUCCCGACGAGCAUACGAAUCGCCUAUGGCAAGUUAAUCUCACCUUCGCAGGUAAUCAAGAUGAUGACUUUAACAAACUCACCGCACACCUGCGAAAAGAGGUUAGUGGGGAAACCGGAUGGGCUCGACUGGGUGUUAUACUUAUUAAACUCGGUGAGCCUGCAAAAGCAGAACAUCUUUAUCAAAUACUCAUUGAGACGGCAACUUCUGAUAAAGCUCGAGGUGGUUACAAUCAUAUGCUUGGUUGGGUGUAUAACCGCCUUGGAGAGUACUCGAAGGCGAUAAAAUUUUACGAACGAGCACUCGGUAUAAAAGAAAAAACUGUCCCUCAAAACCUUCCCGACUUGGCUUCUUCCUACAACAACAUCGGUGCGGUGUACAAAAACAUGGGCGAGUACUCGAAAGCACUUUCAUCGUAUGAACGAUCACUUGAAAUCCGGAAAAUAGCUCUCCCUCCAAAUCAUCCCGACUUCGCACAAUCCUACAACAACAUCGGU